CGAGCCUUUGUGACGUAGGACAAUGCCUGCCACGCGUCGGAACUGCUGCAGGGCUGCUGCACGCUGCAGGGUGCGCGGUGGUCCUUUUCGGGGCAUCAUGCUUUCCUUAUUCCGAUCGGUCGUUUUCCUUUACGUGUGGGGCAUCCUUGCUGCUCAGAAUGAGAGCACAGAGGAAGUGAAAAUAGAAGUGUUGCAUCGUCCAGAGAACUGUUCUAAGACUAGCAAAAAGGGAGACAUGUUGAAUGCCCAUUACGAUGGCUACUUGGCUAAAGACGGUUCGAAAUUCUACUGCAGUCGAACACAAAAUGAAGGCCACCCUAAAUGGUUUGUUCUUGGAGUUGGGCAAGUCAUAAAAGGCUUAGACAUUGCUAUGAUGAAUAUGUGCCCUGGAGAGAAGCGAAAAGUGAUUAUACCCCCUUCAUUUGCAUAUGGAAAAGAAGGCUAUGGAGGCAAGAUUCCACCUGACGCAACCUUGAUUUUUGAGAUUGAGCUUUAUGCUGUGACCAAAGGACCACGAAGCAUUGAGACAUUUAAACAGAUAGACACUGACAAGGACAGGCAACUCUCUAAAGUUGAGAUAAGUGAUUACUUGAAAAAAGAAUUUGAAAAAGAUGAGAAGCCACGUGACGAGUCAUAUCAGAAUGCAGUUUUAGAAGAUAUUUUUAAGAAGAAUGACCAUGAUGGUGAUGGCUUCAUCUCAUCCAAGGAAUAUAAUGUAUAUCAACAUGAUGAACUAUAGCAGAUCUUAUUUCAAUUAUUCCUACUGUAGUAUAUAUAUAUAUAUAACAAGGCCACUUUUCUCCAAGUUGUGUUUUCCUCCAUGAGCACAAGUUUUGAUAGACUCAUAAUGUAUAAUUUGGGAAUAAUAAAUUAUGAGACUGUUUGCAAAUUAAACUUUGAUAA